AUUGAAGUCUUGAAGUCUGGUCAAAGGGGUUAAUUUUCCAGACCAAAAUUUAAGAAGAGAGUUUUGUGCUUGUUAAUUCAGCACGUGGGACGCAAAGAGAAUUGUUUCGAUAUAAAACUAGUUUUUAAAAUAAAAAUUGAAUAAAAAACGUAUAUAAGUUAUAUAGAUUUAUUAAUCUUUAUUAAUCUUAAAGUUUUUUUUUCCAUGGAACAACGUAAAAAUGGUAAGACACAACAAUCAGUUACCAGAUAAUCUUCCACAAUUGCAAAACCUUAUCAAACGCGACCCAGAAUCUUAUAAAGAAGAGUUUCUACAACAACAUCAGCAUUACAAAUCUAUUUUAGAAGUUUUUCAUCUGGAACCAACACAAUUUAACAAAAGUCUCGAUGAAUUGAUAACCUUCUUAGCACAGGUAGCCCAUUGUUAUACGGAGGAUUUAAAAGCAUAUCCUCAAGAAAUUAUUGAUAUAUUACAAAAUCAUAAUACCAUAUUAGACAAUGAAAUGCGAAUGACAUUUUGUAAAGCAUUGAUUCAGCUGCGCAACAAAUCCCUCUUAGAACCCACUGCACUCCUCAGUUUAUUUUUUGAACUUCUGAAAUGUCAAGAUAAGACUCUAAGACAAUUCCUCCAAACGCAUAUAAUUACGGAUGUUAAGAAUAUCAAUGCAAAGCGUAAAAAUGCUAAAGUUAAUACUGUGUUACAAAAUUUUAUGUUUUCUAUGUUAAAAGAUCCUAAUACGAGAGCCGUUAAAAUGUCCAUAGACAUUAUGAUAGAAUUGUAUAACAAAAACGUCUGGAAUGACGCUAAGACUGUUAAUGUUAUAGCGACGGGUUGCUUUUCUAAAAUAACGAAAGUAAUGGUUGCCAGUAUGAAAUUUUUUCUGGGAACCGAUCCGGAAGAAAAAGAAAGUGAUAAUAGCGAUUCGGAUAACGAGCCAAAUAUGCGAGAAGUUAUGAUGGCUAAUAGAGUUAAUAAAAAGACGAAAAAACGAGAAAAGCAGUUGAAGAAAGCUAAACAGCUAUUCGUUAAAGCAAAGAAGAAGAAAUCUAAAGGACCACAAUACAAUUUCUCAGCGUUACAUUUAAUUCACGAUCCUCAGGAUUUCGCUGAAAAGCUUUUCAAGCAGAUAGAGAAGAAUAAUGACAGAUUUGAAGUAAAGUUAAUGACUCUAGACGUUGUUUCCAGACUUAUUGGUUUGCAUAAUUUAUUCCUCUUUAACUUUUAUCCGUAUAUACAGAGAUUCCUUCAACCACAUCAACGAGAGGUUACCAAGCUUUUACAGUUUAUAGCUCAAGCUUCACAUGAAUUAGUUCCACCAGAUGUACUGGAACCUGUUUUGAAGACUUUAGUCAAUAAUUUUGUAACAGAGAGGAAUUCUGCGGAUGUAAUGGCUAUCGGCUUGAAUACCGUACGUGAGAUAUGUACACGAUGUCCAUUGGCUAUGAACGGGGAUCUGCUUGAAGAUCUAACACGGUACAAACAAUAUAGAGAACGUUCUGUAAUGAUGGCAGCGCGUUCUUUAAUCGGCACAUUUAGACGUAUUAUGCCCGAUUUGUUGCAUAAAAAAGACCGAGGUCGUCCUACGGAAGCUAACGUUGCGAUAGAAGCUCCCAAGUACGGCGAAGUUCGGGCAAACGAAUUCGUACCAGGAGCAGAAGUUUUAUUCGGCAAGCAUAACGAGAAUACUGAAGAAACCGAUAACAGUGCUAGCGAAGAUGAUGAAUGGAUUGACGUGAGUCAUAGUAGCGACGAAGAGAUCAAUGACGAGGAGACGAUAGCUGAUACAGAUCAAUCGAUAGAAUCUUCUGCUAGUGAUAACGAUGAAAACGAUGAUGACAAUGAUGACGAUGAUGACGAUGAUGACGAUGAUGACGAUGAUGACGAUGAUGACGAUAAUGAUGGUGAAGAUGAAAAGCAAAAAGAAGGAGAAAAUAAGGACAGCGAUAAUAACUUAACAUUAUCUUGUAAUGAGAAGAAUAAUAUAGAAACUAAUUGUAAAAUAGAUAGCGGGAAAAGAGAAACUGACAAAACUUUGCGAAAGGAAAACGUUUUAACGAAGCAACAAAAGAAGGCGCAAACAUUAGAGAAGAAGUCAAAGCAGAAAACAGAACGCAAUAAAGAGUUGACGGCUGAAAGAAGAACAAAAGCAUCUUUAAUAUCUACUGAACGAUUGCUUACAGAUGAAGAUUUUAGGAAAAUCAAUGUUGCAUUAGUAAAACGAGAAGUAACAUACGCCAAACGUGGCAUUAAAAGAAAGCACGAUCAAGUUGAGAUAGAGAAACAGAGUGGAGAAUUGGUAAAACUUAGCGACAUAGAAAAUAUAUAUAAGAAACGUAAACAUGAUAAAGCAGCCCGACAGGAAUCUGUGAAGAAAGGACAGGAAGGAAGAGAAAAGUUUGGUUAUAAGGAUGGCAGACAAAAUCCACUAUGCAGUAAGACAAAUCGCGAGAAAAGGAAAGGGAAAGCGUUCCAAAUGUUGAAACACAAAUUAAAAGGGAAGGUGAAACGAUCCUUUAAAGACAAACAAAGAGCUCUUAGAAAUCAUCUGUUGAAGCAAAGAAAGAUGAAAUAAUAUACAUAUAUAAUUAGUGUACUGUAUAAUUUAUUUUCAUACCUUACACACUUUUGCCCGAUGUUAAUAAAGAUCAGUUACAUAAAAUGUA